AAAACCAGCAAGAAAAAACACCAUGAAUUUAAAAACCCAGUUUUCUUUUGCUUUAUGCCUCUCGUUUUUCUUAGUAAUCGUCCCAUGUAACACUCAGGCUCCGCCGUUUGCAUGUGACAAAAAUGACCCUAACACGAGCCGGUUCCGAUUCUGUAACACUUCCUUGUCCUACGAGGAUCGAGCCAGGGACCUUGUUUCACGAUUGACACUCCAAGAAAAGGUGCAACAGCUCGUAAACAACGCCUCCGGCAUUUCCCGGCUCGGGGUGCCUGCCUACGAGUGGUGGUCCGAGGCGCUUCAUGGCGUCUCGAAUGUCGGCCAGGGCAUUCGGUUCAACGCCACGGUGCCUGGUGCCACUAGUUUCCCCGCCGUGAUUUUAUCCGCCGCGAGCUUCAACGUCACGUUGUGGCUUGAGAUGGGGCGGGUAGUGUCAACCGAGGCUCGAGCCAUGUACAACGUCGGUCUAGCUGGUUUGACAUACUGGAGCCCUAAUGUCAAUGUGUUCAGGGACCCGAGAUGGGGUCGUGGCCAAGAAACGCCCGGGGAGGACCCUACUGUGGUCUCGAGAUACGCCGUGAAUUAUGUUCGGGGACUGCAAGAAGUCGACGGUUUCUCCGGGGACGGGGACAAGCUUAAGGUUUCGAGUUGUUGCAAGCAUUACACCGCUUAUGAUUUGGACAAUUGGAAAGGCGUGGAUCGGUUCCAUUUUGAUGCAAAGGUUACAAAGCAGGACUUGGAAGAUACGUAUCAGCCACCAUUUAAGAGUUGUGUGCAGGAAGGACAUGUGAGCAGUGUAAUGUGCUCAUACAAUAGGGUCAAUGGAGUCCCAACUUGUGCUGAUCCAGACCUUCUUAAAGGCAUAGUUAGAGGCCAAUGGGGUCUUGAUGGAUACAUCGUUUCCGACUGUGACUCGGUCGAGGUUUAUAAUGAUGCCAUCCAUUAUACUGCUACACAUGAAGAUGCAGUGGCCCUUGCUUUGAAAGCUGGUUUAAACAUGAAUUGUGGGGAUUAUUUGGGGAAAUACACAGUGAAUGCAGUUAACUUGAAGAAAGUAGAUGAAUCUGUUAUUGACCAGGCUUUAGUAUAUAACUAUAUAGUACUUAUGCGGCUCGGUUUCUUCGAUGGAAACCCGAAACAGCUUCCAUUUGGCAACCUCGGUCCGUCCGAUGUAUGUACCGAUGAUCAUCAGCGUCUAGCCCUUGAUGCUGCCAAGCAGGGAAUAGUUUUACUCGACAACCACGGAGUUCUUCCUCUGUCUAAUACAGUCACGAAAAAUUUAGCCGUCAUUGGACCAAACGCUAAUGCCACGACGGUUAUGAUAAGCAACUAUGCCGGUAUACCUUGUAGGUACACUAGCCCUUUACAAGGGCUGCAAAAGUACGUGUCGACGGUUAAGUAUGAGGCAGGGUGUAGUGAUGUGAAAUGCAGUAGUGAGACGCUUAUUCAGCCCGCAGUUCAGGCCGCAGCUGAUGCUGAUUCCGUGGUUCUAGUCAUGGGGCUAGAUCAAUCGGUUGAGGCUGAAGGGAUCGAUCGAGUAGGCUUGACAUUGCCGGGAUUUCAAGAGAAGUUGGUGACUGAUGUUGCUAAUGCAUCAAAUGGGAAAGUGGUGCUUGUGGUUAUGGCUGCUGGUCCUAUUGAUAUAUCAUUUGCAAAGAACAUGAGAAACAUCGGAGGGAUUAUGUGGGUCGGAUAUCCGGGUCAAGCUGGCGGAGACGCCAUCGCUCAAGUCAUAUUCGGAGACUACAAUCCAGCUGGAAGGUCUCCAUUCACGUGGUAUCUACAAGAGUAUGCCGAUAAGGUCCCGAUGACCGACAUGAACAUGCGAGCCAAUGCCACCGCAUACUACCCCGGAAGAACCUAUAGGUUCUACACCGGCAAAACUAUUUACGAAUUCGGACGUGGACUUAGCUACACAUCAUUCUCAAAGUUCAUAAUAUUAGCUCCUUCCACAAUACCAAUCACCUCAACGACAAAAACCAUUCUCGAAAAGUACAAUCCCUACUUGAACAUUGGUGAAGCCAUCGAUGCAUCGACCCUAAACUGUGACAUCUUGCAAUUUGACGUCAUUAUCGGAGUGAGGAACAAGGGACCGAUGGAUGGAACUCAUGUGGUCCUCCUCUUCUGGAAGCCACCGAGCUCGAACAUCACCGGGGCACCGAACAAGCAGCUGGUUGGGUUCGAGAGGGUCGAAGUGAAGAAAGGGAAGACCAAGAAAGUGACAAUGAACUUAGAUGUGUGCAAAGAUUUCACCUUAGUGGAUGCUGAAGGGAAGAGGAAGCUGGUCAUAGGGCAGCAUACCCUAUUUGUAGGAUCCUCCAGUGAGCACCAACUGAAGCACCAUUUCGUUGUAAGGCAAACAGGCAACGUAGGACUGUAUUAGAAUAAAGGGUAAUAUACUAAAGAAAGCCCUUUAAUUUGAACAAGUCCUUAUAUUGCUCUAUAUUAACUUUGUUAUGUGUAGAUACGACGCUUCAUGUAUUCGUGUUGUAUUCAUGUAUCUUGUCGUGUCCUAGUUAUGUUGAACGUAUUUCAUAUUUAUAUAAAUUUUAAUAUAUUAAGAGUA